CUGUGAAAUGACACAUCUGGCCAAGAAGAGGAAAUGCAUGUCUAUUGAACUGAAAAUAGACAUUCUUCGAGAAGUCAAGAAAGAAAAACUGAACAAGGGUGAGAUUUCUGCAAAGUACAACAUCCCACCAUCAACGCUACCUUCCAUCGUCAGCACAAAAGAACAAAUUUGCAUGGAAUUCUUCAAUGCAAGCUUUGCUCCAGGAAGAAAGAAGUUGAGGGGUGCAAAAUAUGUUUGUGGGGAAGCCGGAAGCGAGCCUGAUGAAAUUGUCAACAAAUGGAAGAGACUCAAAAGGAUUAUAUGCAGCCAUUGUCCAGAGGAUUUUUUCGACGUCAAUGAGACACAAAUAUUCUUCAAUCUCACACCGGAAAAAGCUAUGCUUUACCUGUGCCUUGAUUUAAAAGUGAGUGAAAACUAUGAGUUGAAGGUGACGUUAGACCUGAUCCUCUGCACUUCUCUCCCUUCAGCUAUGAGCAAGGAGUACAGGAGCGGCAUAGGUGGUAAGAGGAGCAAAGAAUGCCUUACAAUAAGUCCUGAUAACAUAGCAAACUGCUUUCGAAAAGCAGGCUUCUGCCAUGACGAAUCUACACAGGAGGAAACUGAUGUUGCUCCUGCAAUGGAGAUUGACAAUGUCUGGGAAGAAAUCGCCUCUCAGUUGCAAGCAGACUGUGAAUUUACACAAUUUGUGAAUUUUGACGAGGACAUUCCCAUGUGCAAACCGCUUCCCAAUUCUGCUAUGUGUGCAGAAACUCAUGGAGCUAUGGAGCAAGAAGAUGCUGUCAACAAGGAGGAAAUGGAAGAAGAACCC